CAAAUGUCCUCCGAGGUGGAAGAGUUAAGGCGCCUUCUUGCGGAAGAACAACGUCUUCGUGCAGAAGAACAACGUCUUCGUGCAGAAGAACAACGUCUUCGUGCAGAGGAUCAGGAGAAAAUAUCCAAGACCAGUCUUCCCACGUUUCUCGAUGGUCUCCAUAAGCACCUCUUCCUCGGUCUGGGCGUUCAGCAGGAUACGACCCAGUCCACGCGUGGAGACCCCGCAAAUGCAGCCAACAAGCUUCGCCCCAGGAAGCUCAAAGCCUGGGACUCCUUUGCCCAGGAACAAGAGGAGAUUUGGCGAUUGCUGAUGGAUUCUUCGCUGGUCGAACAAAGACUGUUUACUUCCCUUCAUACCCUGGAAGAAACAGGGGAAAGCAUUCGGCGGCGGCCUCUUGGUUCGGAACGUGAUCUAUGCCACUUUCUUCGCCAGACCGUUGAGGACCACGUAUCGAAGAUCAUCGAAGAGCUUUACAAGGAUCCAACAUUACGACAGGUGUUUGGGCUUAGAGGAUCGAUCUGUUUUGAAAACCACUCCAAUACUCUGAGCCCGGAGCGGGAACUGGAAGAGGGGAUGCAGAAUAUUGAUCUUCGCAGCCGGCCACGCCGACGCUCGCCGCGUAUUGCUGCCCGAGACAAUCGCACAUCAAGCACCAUGGCGCCGAGUGGCCCGAGAACACCGCCUCUGGUGCGAAGCACCAGGCCUCGUGCCGAUCAAUUCUGCGUCUACAACAUCCCCAGUGAAGCAUCCGAAUCGAUCCAUCGCGUUGCAGCCUAUGUUAAGGAGUACAAGUCCCCGCAUAAGGUGACACUGGGCCACAUUUAUGAAGGGCUGGAGGAUAUGGAUAUUGACGCAGUGGUUGAGCAAAAGGAAGAUGAGACCCCAAAGGAUCGGUUCCGCCGCGCGAUUGCGGGGCUUCUCGUGCAACCACAUGACUACAUGAUCCGUGCUGGUACAGAAAUGGGAGUGCUGAGUACUGGCGAAGCGGAUAUCUAUCUGCGGAUUGGGGACGACCCCGGGACGCUUUUGUACCACCUCUCUGUUCCUAAGGGAGAUGUUGGCGACUCCACCGAUUGGGACCCCCACUCGAACGGCCCAAAUCGUCUGCAUUUGACCGCCGUCGGGCAAUCUCUCGCUUUUACUCUCCAGGCGCUCAAGUUGCGGCCUCGGAACCAAGCCUGGAGGCAGCAAGCAGUCAACUCAUUGCCCAGGUGGGAGGUGAUAGUCGCAGACAUUCUGGACAGUAUCAGGAAGGAGGAUGUACCGUCUUCCGAAUAUCGCCCUCCACGGAUGAAUGGCGUUCUUCGAAUGUCUCCAAUCCAACUACGCCGCAGGCGAAACAAACCCAGUGUUACUGGCUGUCAACCAACCGACACACCAGGAGUUGAGGACGACGAGCAGUCUGACCCUGAUACACCGAGCCGAGAUCCACGGCUUUCUCGCAACAUCGAACGGCGACAGCGAUUGAAGACCCCGCAAACACCCACGCCAGACACACAAAGGUCUUCGGGAGAGAAUAAUCGGUAUUACUGCACGUUGAAGUGUCUACGUGGACUGGUAUGUGGGGAUGAGCUCGAUCAGGCUUGCCCCAAUGUCCUUGAUCAUGGCACAACGCGCCAUGUCAUAAACGCAAAAGCGUUUGUGAAGCGGUUGCGGCGCCAACUGUCUGAGACCGUCAAUGCAGAUUGCGAAGCGCUGGGUAUACACGGUUCCCGGGGUGCUCUUCUGAAGGUUACUCUAUCAUCGCACGGAUAUACCGUGCCUGCAAAAUGCACCAUAUCCGAAUUUUCGAACCACCUCCGACACGAAGCUGCUGUAUACCACAAGCUUCGCUCACUCCAGGGCAUAUGCAUUCCGCUCCACCUCGGAACCAUCGAGUUGGUUCAUCCGUACAGCUACGACGGGAUCGCGUAUCUCAAACAUAUGAUGCUCCUGAGUCCGGGUGGACAGUCUCCCGGCCUGGCACUCCGGGAGAUGAGUCGAGAUUGCUUAGAAGCCAAGAUGAAAGAGUCUCUCUCACAGAUGCACCGCUUGAAUGUCUUCCACAAGGACCCGGCCCCGCGGAACUGGUUCUACAAUCGAGAAAGCGAAAAGGUCGUCUUUAUUGACUUUGAACGGGCCGAGAUCGUCGGAUCGCGACCUAUAUUAGGGACGAUCUCACCGAAUCACAAACGAAAACGGAUGCACCGUGAGGGGCUGGAUAAGCUGGCUGGACCAGAUUUUACGAGGGAAAUAAACAAGGCAGUGUGGGAGUUACAAGGUUGGAGGUAGAAGAAAGAAUACUUCUAG